AGAAAAAAGAGCAGCAGCCCUUCAGGAGUAACUUAUUGCUAAUAUGGGGAAGUCUCUGGGAGAAGAGGCCGUUCUGGUCAGCUGUCUGUCAUGGGAGCGCAGGGCUGGUCUCCUAUUGCCACCUGCUGUGCCAAGAGGGCAGUGCAUGAGAUCAGGCAGGGAGUGAGGGCUGGGCCAGCCCCCCCGAUGUGGGUCUGAGAUGCUGCGUCCAGUCCCUUCCUCCAGCUCACCAGGGCCUGGGGAACCUUCCUGACCCUGAGAGCACAGUCCCUCUUCCCCCAUCCUGCCCCAUACUGGCUCGGUGGGGAGGGCCCUGCUCUGUGGCCCUUCCUGUAACCCUGCUCAGGUACUGGCACUGCUCAGGCACUCAGCCAUUAUGGGAGGAUGACUCCCCGAGCCCCACCCUGGAAAGGGGACCCCAGGCUGCUCCCCCAGGGACUGUCAAUCAUUCAGUGAGGAGCCAUCCCAGUCCCUCCCCGCAACGGGGCCUGGCAUGGCCACCAGGUCCGAGGUUCCUGCUGCUGGGCCCCUGCUGACCUGUCCUCCACCCCCCCCAAGACAUCACUGAGGACAGACUGGACAAGAAGUUGUGGCCCUUUGUGUUGGACCAGUUCCCAGGCUGCUGUCAGGGCCCCGACAAAGCCCGCUCUCAGCUGCUGAUUGUGGACCGGAGCUUCGACCUGGUGUCCCCACUGCUGCACGAGCUCACCUACCAGGCCAUGGCCUACGACCUGCUCAGCCUCGAGAACGACACCUACAAGUACGAGACGACAGGGACCAGCGACUUGUGGGAGAAAGAGGCACUGCUGGACGAAGACAACGAACUCUAGGUGCAGCUACGGCACAUGCACAUCGCUGACAUCUCCAAGAAGGAGGUUUGCUGGGAAGAGAUGGGGUCUGUCUGUCAAGAAGGAGAAGAACAAAUUCGUUCACUGACUCACCAACCUUAUGAGAAGAGCUUAAAAGUAAGUUCAGAGGGGGCAGGUGAAAAAAGGCACCAGGUGAAAAAAGGUGUUUAUAAUGAGGUUGUUUCCCUCUUGGCACAUAUGGAUGACCAAAAUAAGGACAAAAUUGCCCUCAGGAUUGCCUGUAUAGCUGAGACCAAGCUGGCUAGCGUUGUAACAGUUCUGCUAGAGAAACUGCAACUGGAUGAGCAAAACAGAGUAGACAUUUACUGUAUCCUGGAGAAGGUAUUACAGCAGGACACCAAGGACCUGGAGAGAGGGCUACUGAACAAAACAAUAAUCCUAGCCUUAAACCACAUGAGAGAGACUCAGGAAGCAACAAAUGAAGUCAAAGUGGCAGCUAGCAACACGUUAGUGACUCUGGCACGCUGCUAUUUCGAUCCUGUCAUGUUUGAGCUGCUCUGUCAUCUGAAACCACCAAAUCUGCCUGAAGAAUUUGUUUUAAUUACGUUGGGAAACUUGUCAUCAGCCUAUGCACUUAAGUGUAUCCCUUUUGUGAGAAUAACCCUGAAAGCCGUGUUCCACAUGUUGGAGUUAGUCAAUGACAGCCGGAUGAGACAAGCAUUUUGUGGUGUUCUGGAAAAAUGGUCAAGGGCAGUAAAGCUCUUUUUGACUAAGUGGGAAAAGUGCCCAUUCCCUAUAGCGGGUGAAUUGCGACUCUGCAAUCAUUUUCUUCCCAUGUAUUCUCAUGUGACCAGCAACUGGCUGACCUGUGAGGAGCCGGAGCUCAAGCAGGAAAUCAUCAAAGCCCUUGGUCCCAUGAUGAGCCUUCUGCUCCAUAAAGAGGAGUAUCGGGAUCAGAUAUUUGAAACGAUCUCAUGGCUCCUUGAACAAUAUAAGGAGGACACUCAUGUUUUUCACAUCACGAAGAGUCUGAGCCAGCUCUUGGAGGUCUCUGGUGAACAUAAGAUCCCUCUCCCUAAAGGGGAGUUUCAAGCCAUCUGCAGUGCUCUGCACAACCAGAUCUGUUCUCAAGCUAAGCCGCUCAGCACAGAAAAUCACGCAGAGCUGGUCCAUUGUAUAAUUCUGCUAGCCCGUUCUUCUCCGGAGGAUCUGAUAGCAUUUCUGCACUCCCAGCUGAAGAUUAAGAAUGAGGCUGUUUGCGUGACGUCUUUGAAUCUGCUCAGAGCUAUUGUUGAUGCUGACUUGCCCGAGACAGGAGAUAAAAAGUGUCUGAUUGUGAAGGCAGUGAAAUCCACUCUGGGUGAUCAGAAUGCUACGGUGAGGACAGCAGUUCUUCAUUUCAUCCGGAAGCUGCUCAGCUUGGAAAGUGUGGAGAAUUGUGAAGCAUGGGAGAUGGUAGCACAUGUUUUCAUGGAGUUCAGUGUGUCCACCAGCAAACUGGCUAUUCAGGAAGAAAACACUAUCCAAAGCCUGUGCAUUGACAUCCUGCAAUGUCUGGACACCUCAGUCAGUGGAAUGACCCAAGUGCUAUGGCCAAGGCUUCUAGAAUAUGUGGUGCCAGCUGAGUACACUGGCACUUUGAAGCCUCUCUGCAAAUGCCUUAGGGAACUGGUUGAGAAAAAGCAGCAGGAAGGAGAAGAAGCUGCUUACCUCGACUACGGUGGACCAGUGAAACUCCCUACACCCCAGGAGCUGCUGGCACGACUCCUGGAAACACAGAGAAUUCCCUGGACUGUGCGCGGUGGGAGCACAUGCUGCUUCAGUUCCUAAGAACAUCUCUGGAGAUGAUAGACGACAGUGCCUGGAGCAGGCAGAUAAGCCUUGAGUUGAGCCAGCAGAUGGCCGGCUACGCCAGCCCCUCCAAUGAGAAGAGUUUCCUGUAUAAGGCGCUAGGAACGUCCUUGGCAGUUUGUCAGGACCUGGUCCAUGUUAAAUCACAGCUUCAUCAAUUUCUGACAACAACAGAUUAUAUGGAAGUCCCUGAGAGACAGGUGAGGACU